AUGGAAUUUUUAGGCAUCGAUUUUGGAUCUUACAAAACUACACUAGCAUCAUCAAAAGAUAAUGGUAAAAUUUUAGGAGACGAACAGGGCAAAAGAGCUAUUCCUACACUUUUAGAACUUACUUCUCCUAUAAGAAAGUUCGGUAACAGUAUUACUGGUGAACAUGAAGGAAGCAUAAAUUUAAGAUACAGAAAUUUUAGGGAUGAUUUAUCAAAAUCUGAAAAUUGCCAAGCUUACAUGAUGUUUAUGAAGUAUCUCGAUAGGAUAAUAAAAAAUAAUACUAGAGGAGCUCCUUCUAUUUGUGUAUCUAUUCCUUCUUAUUGUACGUACACAGAUAGAAAAUUUUUGGCUGAUAUUAUGAAAUGUUGUAAUAUGAAAUUAGAAAGGUUUUUUAAUGACAUUACUGCUAUAGCAAUGUUUGCUUGUCUUCGUAGAGAGAAAAUACCAGAAAAGUUUAUGAUUUUGGAUUUUGGUCACGCAAAAACAGAAGCAGGUAUUUUUACUUAUAAAGAUUUUGUAUUAACACCUUUGUACAUAAAUAAUAUAAAGGUGGGUGCGCAAAAUUUUGACAAUGAAUUAAUUAAUUUAAUUAUGCGAAAAUAUAGCAUUCCAGAUAAAAUAAUAUGCAAAGAAAAUAUUUUAAGACAUCUUGAAAAGUUAAAAACAGUGUUAAAUUCUGCGGAAGUGGCUAAUAUACAGAUUUAUAUUAAUGAAACGCCAAUUAACAUACAAGUUACCCAAGAAGAAUACAUUGUAGCAUGUAAAGAAAGUACUAAUAAAUUAACUAAUUUUAUUAAUGAUGUCAUAAAAGAAUCUGAUACUAAAUUAGUAACAGAAAUUACAGGGGGUAAUUCAUCUUCAUUUUUAGUUAAAAAUAUUUUAAGUGAUAAAUUAGAUAUUCAAUCUACUUUAGAUUUAACAGAAUCAUGUGCUAUUGGUACAGCACUGGGACUAGCUUGUUCUGUAGUUUCUAAUAAAUUUAAAAUGAAUGAUAUUAUUGGUAGAAGCAUUUCAAUAAAAUUAGAAAACGCGGAAAAAUCUACAGAAAUAUUAAAAAAAACAGAUUUAAUAGGAACAUCUAAAUGUGUUACGUACAAACAGAAGGAUGCAUUUAACUUAGAAAUAUUCGAAGAUGUACUUAAGAUUGGAGAUUUACAAAUAAAUAAAGAAUCCUCUGAUAAAGUAGAAGCAGUAAAAAUUACUAUAGAAGUUAAUAAACUUGGAUUUAUUGAUGUUAAAUCAGUAAAGGUAGAUGAUAAAGAUAUUGAUUACAAAUAUACAACAUUUGAAAUGUCUUCGGAUCAAAAAGAAGAAUUGAUUAAUACAGAAGAAAGAUAUCGACUUCUUGAAACCAAUAUUGAAAAAAUAGGACAUAUGAGAAAUGAAUUAGAAACCAUGGCUAUGAAUUUAUUAAAUGCUAUAACUGGAAAUUUGCAGGAGCUUUUUAAUGAAGAAGAUGAAGAAAUAGUUAAAAAGGUUGCUAUGGACUUGUUUGAUAUUCCUUCAGUUUCUGAAAUUGAAGAGGAGGUGAAAGUGCGAGAUGACGUAAUUAAACAGUUGGAUUUUGUUAGUAAAAAAUUAGAGGGAUUGGAAAGUAGUAUUAAGGAAGAAAUUGUUAAUAUGAAAACAUCUAUAAAUGAAUGUAAAGAUAAAUUUGCCAAAAAAUCGACACCUUCUUAUUUUAAAUUACAAGGAAUUUAUUAUAAACUUGAAGCUUUUGAUAAAAAUUUACGAUUAGAUUUAUUUACUGCUUCAAAUUUUGACAAAUCGCCUUUUGAUGCAUUAAAAAACGAUUUUGAUGCUGCAAUUGUAAGAGCAGAGGAAGAAUUGAAGAAAAUGAAACAAGAAGAAGAAGAGGAAAAAUUACGAGCUCAAGAACUUGAAAAUAAGAAAAAUGAAACAUCUGAGGAUGCGGAAAAAGAAGUGUCUGAAGAAAAAAAUAAUGAAAAGGGAAAUGAAGAUAAAGAAACGAAUGAAGAAAAAUAA